AUGGCAUCCACAAACUACAAAGAAGCCUUCGCCCUCUUCGACAAGCGCGGCAAUGGCCGCGUUGCCCUUGAAUCGUUAGGGGACCUCCUUCGAGCAUGCGGACAGAACCCAACGUUGGCGGAAAUACAUGACUUGGAGAAGGGUGUUGGCGGUGACUUCGACUUCGACUCUUUCCAAAAAGUCCUGAACCGACCGGGUGGAUUCCGAGACCCGGGCGAGCCAGAAGAGUAUUGCCGGGGCUUCCAGGUGUUUGACAAAGACAUGACGGGCUUCAUUGGCGUGGGCCAGCUUAGAUACAUCUUGACGAACCUUGGAGAGAAGAUGAGUGACGAUGAGGUGGAUGAGCUAUUGAAGGCGGUGGACACGAGUAGUGGGGAAAUCAACUACACUGACCUCGUCCGGACCAUCCUCGCCAAUUGA